UUGCCCCCAAAACUACAUGAUUUACCCUUGCCCUCGCCGUGAUCGUCGAUCAGCGACUCUCGCCGCUGCAAAUCGAGGCCCUUUCUCCUCCGACACCUCAAAACCAGAAAAUCUCAGGGGAUCUCCCUUCCUCAAAAUAGUCGAUUUUGGAGGAAAAGGUCUGAUCUUCAUCAUCUUCUUGUUAAUUGCAUAUGGAUGUGGAAGGUUCUGUUGAAUAUCAACAACAACAAUUGGAGUUGGAUGAUUUUGAUCAUACUCUAAGUCAAGUUAUGGACAAAAUGGUUUCAUCUAAACAGGAACUGGCAGCUAAACUAAGGAUGGUACUGUCGGUAAAACGGAAGAUUGAUGAUGUGCCCACGCAAGCAGAACUGAUUCAGUAUGAGCGGAGAUUAUCUGAACUUUAUUCCCAGAUUAGGGACAAGCAUAAGCAAACUUCUACAUUGUUUGACACUUACAACUCACUACUGGAAAUAAAGGAACUGAUGCUAAAAGAAACAUCAAUACUGAAUUCGAUAAAUUCACAGUUUCAAGAUGCCUUAACAAGCACCAUCGGUCGUACUAAACUUGUAGAUUCUUUGGAGACUAUAGUUAAGGGAGCUCGACAAAAGCUGGAAAAGGUAGAGCUUAGCCUGAUGGCUGAAAAGAAGAAUUCUGAAUCUCUUAGGGAGAAGUUAACGGCCAAUUUAGCGGACCAACGAUAUUUUUCAUCUCUUUUGAAGGAACUCCAGGAAGAGUGUGCAAAAAACGAACGAAUCAGGCAAGCAGAGUAAAAUCACAGUUCAUGGAUUUUUCCUUGUGUUCAUCAGUCCUUGAGAGGCUUGAUGGUUUUGCGUCAUAUCAGUUGUAUUGAUCUGGUUCUGACCAACCAAAUGGAUUUCAGAUUUCUCUGUCGUAAAAAUUUUCAGAAUUUGGUGAGCUAUAUCUUGUUUAUUUUUCUGCAUGGAUGGUGUGGUAUGUGAACUCAGUUCCCUAUGGCACAGACAAAGAAAAUGCACUUGGAGAAAAACUUCUUUAGGUGCUACUUAAUUCUUAUUUAAGCUCAUUCCCACUAGCUUAACAACUUGGUGGGGAUGAUUCCGAGCAACCUUAACAAUUGCCUGCAUCUACAAUCCAUCAGUCUCAUUCAAAACAUGCUUCGAGGAGAGAUCCCCAGUAACAUUGACUAGCUGAUCAUCCCUCCACUUUGGAAUUCCUCAACCUCCAACAAGAAGGGGCUUUGAGAAGCUUUCUGACCGAAUGCUAAGCUUUAGUCAAGCUGUUAACCUCACGCUCAAGUAUUGACUUCAAAACUUUAGUCUUGAGUUCUUACCAAAUGGUAUCUUAGAUGAAUGGCUUCAUCCUAAAGAAAAUGGUGCAAGUGGACUAAAAACACUGGGCCUCAUCAACAGAUUCAGUAUAUCUGUCGAUAUGACUUGUGUCCCACAGCUGAUGUUUUUGAGGAAGGAUAUAGCAUUCACCACUAUGUUGAGAUGGCACUUCCAGGACAAGUGGUUAAGAUCAUGGAUCUUCAACUAUUAGCAGCAAGGGACUAGGCGACAGCGGCACGGAUGGGUGAGAUCUGGAAUGCAAUAUGUCUGCGCUUGGAAUUGCCAACGGACAGGAUGAACAUGCACGAGGUAGUUAGGGAAUUGUAGAAGGUAAGGGAUUUGUUUCCAAGUCAGGCAUCAAAGUGGAAUGGUAAAGCUACAGCCAAAUAAACAGGCCUAUGAGAUGGUUCCCGAGUUAGGCUUUUGAUUUUUUCUGCAACAGCUUGAAAGCAAAAUGCAUAUCUACACUGGAAACUAAUCUUAAGAAUAACGCCGCGUUCCAGGAUUAUUCAUUUCGCCAAUCUAACUUUUAUAAUGUUUAAAUCACCUAUGGUAUUUUUGAA